AAGCUGUGCAGAUUGGUUGCGAAAUGAUGGUUGGAUGUUGCCAUAGGACAUCGAUCUAAACGAAAGACCGCCAUUGUCUCGUGUGAAGGAAGUUGUCAAAACAGCGUCUGUAUCUCACAAUGGCACGUACCAAGCAAACCGCUCGUAAAUCCACCGGCAAGGCGCCUCGCAAACAGCUGGCCACCAAGGCCGUCCGCAAAAGCAUCCCAUCUACAGGAGGUGUGAAGAAGCCCCAUCGUUACAGGCCAGGCACUGUCGCUCUUCGUGUAAUUCGUCGUUACCAGAAGAGCACAGAGCUGCUGAUCCGCAAACUGCCCUUCCAGCGUCUGGUGCGCGAGAUUGCACAGGACAAGAUCGAUCUGCGGUUCGAGAACUCUGCCAUAGGUGCUCUGCAGGUGGCUUGCGAAGCUUACCUGGUGGGUCUGUUUGAGGACACCAACCUGUGCGCCAUUCACGCCAAGCGUGUCACCAUCAUCCCCAAGGACAUGCAGCUGGCCCGCCGUUUCCGCGGUGAGCUCUGAAGUGUUUACUUGAGGGAAUCCCUACUAGAAACCCGUUGCCAUUUUGGUAGACGUGGUCGAGUAACAAAACAAGAUAACAGCUACAUACAGACGUUCUGACUUCGUUGAGUCCUAGAAGAACAAUGGAGCAGAACCAGAAAAAAGACAAUAUAGUGAUUAUGCUAUUUGUUUCAAUGGUGUCGUAAAAAUGUAGAUUUUCAGAGAAAAUCGCGCUAAUAUGCUGCAUUGAUUCACACGGAGUUGACUCAGAGUCGAAAUAUUAAACUAGAAGUUCGUAUUUUUUUUCGCUGUCAGCACACCUAACAAUCUAGUUGUAAUACUUUACAGAGGUGACACAAAGUGAAGAGAUACUUGUUACUAUCCUGCACCCUUUGUAUUAUUUUCUCACUGCAGAUUUGGCAUCCCGUGAUACACUUUGUUGAUUGUUGAAUGAGUAUAAAUUUUCCCUCUUGCGAUACAUUUUCUUGCAUUUUUAUGUCCUUUAAUUUUAUCUUCUCUGUAGUAUUUCACAUCAAUUUCUUCUCAUUGUGAUGCUCCCUUUGAUUAUCAUUUAUGCCAUUUGUUGGUGAAAUGAGAGGGUCUGGAAUUUGCAAUCUUUGGGAUUGCAUUAUCAGGCAUAUUUAUAGCUGCUGCCUAAUAUGCUAAACAUCAUCAAAUGUUGAUUAGCAUUAACUGAAAUCUACAAAUGAGCUAAGGAAGGUGAGAUAAAUAUGAUUCUGACAGAUUAUCACUUAGAAAUUAAUGCUUCUGUGAAGUCUUAAUUAAAACGUAUGGCAUGGAAUAUAAUUUUAAUGUAAUUCCAAAUUCUUUUGUAAAUUUUAAACUUAGAACUGCCUCAUUUUAUCCUAUAACCCCAAUAAUUGAUUUUAUAUGAUGGUCACAUCCAGGUGUGACAAUAUAUUGUCCUGCUACAAGUAAGAAUUUGUGAAUUUUAUUGUUUGUAUUCAUCCUUCCAAUUGGCUCAGACUUCAUGCAGGCAGCAUGUGACACCUCAUACUCUUUCAAUCAGAAAAAUACAAACAUCUGUCGUGUCUUUCCAGUAAACUUAUGCUUUUCCCAAACUAAAAUUGAUAAACUCUUUUCUUGUUCUUACAUGCCUCUUCCUGGAAGCUCUUUUGUACCUGCAAAUGAAUUUUAGUAUAUAAUAAUAAUCAUUGUCAUAUUAAUGACAUAGGGUUAGCAAACUGAUUGAGUGAAACAGAUGAUGUGAUUAUGCUGUUUCGUAUAACUCAGCCCCCUCCUCCACUAUUGUGGCUAGUGUUUGGACCUGUAAAUGUACAUUUAUUUGUAUGUAUGAAAAAGUUAAUGUUUGUAUUUACUUUGGUCACAUCCACUUACACGUUGCUACAGUCAUUGCACCUAACAAAGAAUAAAGAUGUUUCAA